AUGUUUGCCAAUCUUGUGCCUGUCCCGCCAGUUCCUCCUACGACGGUCCUUGAUAUUGAAUUAUCUUAUAACUCGAAAAAGUACUUCCCUGGUGAGACUUUGACUGGAAGAGUAAUUCUUCAAACCAGUGAGCCCAUCCGUGCACGUUAUCUCAAAAUAUCAUGGGAAGGAAGUACGAGCUGCGAGUUUGGAGGAAUGAAAAGACAGGUUCAUUUUUCGAAUUGUGUGAUACCAUGGAUCGCUGAAACUGGAGACAGCGUAAUACCAUCUGGGACCCACAAGUUCCGAUUCAGCUUUUGUCUUCCCAGUGAUGCUCCACCAAGUUUUUGCGGAUAUUAUGGUUCAACCACAUAUUCUAUCUAUGUCAAACUUGAUCGUGUCUGGAAAUGGAAUAUGGAGACCCAGAAGACUUUCAAAGUGGUACCAAAAAUGUGCACAGCAGCGAUGGCACCUGACAUGAUGGUUCCUACCAAAUUCGUAAUGUACAAAAACUCAGGAUCCAUUUUCAAGGAUGGAGUGUUCUCGAUUAAAUUGAACUUCCAGAAGCGUUCUUUCAUGCCCGGAGAAAGUGUUGAAGUUAUUGUUACGAUGGAAAAUAAUUCUUCAAAACCAAUCAAAUCAAUGCAAUUCGAGCUCAUCCGCCAGUCUCAUUUUCACUCUCAACACCAAAAAGAUUUCUGUUCUCUUAACAACUGCCUCAAGGAUUGCCCAGUUCCACCAGUUUACACUAGAAAUUGUGAGAAAGUUCUGAACAGUCGCGUCUAUCCGUGCAACGUACCACCUGGAGAAACCGAACAAGUGAUGGUGGCGGUUGACUUGCCACGUGGAAUUCCAGCAACAUUUGAGUCUGCAAUGAUUUCGAUGGGAUAUUUGCUCGGAUUCUCGCUCAAGAACGGAUCAUGGACCAACAACAAAAUUGACUGUAAUGCUAGAAUUGUAAUUGGAAACGAAGAGAGAAUCGGGGUGUCAGGAGGCAAAAAUGCUCCACUUGCACCACCACCGUAUUCUCCAUGA